CAACGAUCAAAGGGUCGGCGUAAUUCAUUUCCUGACGGCUAACCUGAUCCUAGAUCCUGUCUUUGAAUUUCAAUGUACAUCUGGAAUUCCGUCUCGGGUCGGUGACGAAAUUGGGAGGGUUCCGUUGAUUGGAGCUGAUAUUAUACAGCCAAACCCGGCACUCGUCCAAGAUGUUGACCUCCGGGUUCACCAAUGCGCCGAUAUCCAAAUUCCUGCUUUUCGCCUUGGUCAUUUCUUCUCUUCUGGUCAGCAUAGCAGAUAUCAAAUAUCUGUUCUAUAUCCGAGUUGUGCCACAUCUAUGGCGUUACAAGCAAGGUUGGAGGUUAUUGGUCUGGCAGACAUGCUACACGAAUUCGACCGAAGUACUGUUCGCGACGAUGUUGCUCUAUCACCUUCGUGUCGUUGAGCGUCUUUGGGGCUCGCGGAAGUUCGCUUCAUUUCUCCUUUCUACUCUUCCAUACAAUACCAUCCUCCCUCCAAUGCUUCUCGCGCUUGUUGUUCGUCCAUUGAGCUUCGACAGAGCAAAUUAUCUCCCGGCUGGACCGACUCCAAUCAUAUUCUCCUUGCUCGCCCAGUACCAUGCUGCGAUCCCGCACAUGUAUCAAUUUAAGGUUGCAACUUCUUCUUCCUCUGGAGCUCUAUUGUUCAGCUCCAAGUCCUUCACGUACUUGCUCGCUUUUCAGCUCGCAUUUUCCUCGUUUCCCGGCUCCACACUUUCGGCUUUGGUAGGAUGGUGUGUCGGAUACGCUUGGAGAAACGAAAUUCUUCCCGGUGCUUCAAAAUGGAGGAUACCAGCAUGGCUCAUGAAAGACAAAGCUCAAGGACAAAGAUUCGAAGGUUUGCGCAGACGGCUUGAGGGAGAGGAGGCCGUGGCAGCAGCAAGCGGUGCGGGAGGUCGGGAUAGAGGAGAAGGGAGACAGCGACGAACGUUGGGAACGCAAAUUCUAGACCAGUUCCGUGGCAAUUUUUAAAUUGCGGUUAUCAAGGUCCCACAGUCUCGAGACUUUUUGCAUAUUGCUGUUCAAGCACGGAGUUUUGCUUUUAUUCGAUAGUGUAAAAAGGGAGCAUACUAAAUAGGCAUCAUAAACAUUUUGAUUUCUUCCAUUUCUUAUUUUCCGUAGAGAAGUACGAAGCUAAAUAGCUAUUCCUAUCUGAUGAUCCGGAC